GAGAGCGGAUAUAGUGAGUGAAUGUGGGGUCCGGGGAGAGCGGAUAUAGUGAAUGCAGGGUCCGGGGAGAGCGGAUAUAGUGAAUGCGGGGUCCGGGGAGAGCGGAUAAAGGGAAUGCGGGGUCCGGGGAGAGCGGAUAAAGGGAAUGCAGGGUCCAGGGAGAGCGGAUAAAGGGAAUGCAGGGUCCGGGGAGAGCGGAUAAAGGGAAUGCAGGGUUCGGGGAGAGGGGAUAUAGUGAAUGCAGGGUCCGGGGAGACCGGGGAUAUAGUGAAUGCAGGGUCCGGGGAGAGCGGAGAGCGGAUAUAGUGAAUGCAGGGUCCGGGGAGAGCGGAUAUAGUGAAUGCAGGGUCCGGGGAGGAUAUAGGAUAUAGUGGGUGCAGGGUCCGGGGAGAGCGGAUAUAGUGGGUGCAGGGGUCCGGGGACAGCGGAUAUAGUGAGUGCAGGGUCCGGGGAGAGCGGA